AUGGAAGCGCUGCGCGGAGAGCCCGGGGCGGGCGGCGGGGGCUGCUCGCAGGGCCGAAGCUUUCUCUCCCCUCCCGUCUUCGGGUCGUCGCCGCCGGCUUCGACGCGACCGGGCUUCGUCUACGAGCGCUCCGGCCCGGGGACCGCGGCGCGCUCCGCGCCCUCCUCCUCCUCCUCGGCGGCGUCCUCGUCGAAGGACUGCGCCGCCGGACCUCCGAUUGCGGCACCGUCCUCGGCCACGACGGCCGCCGCCGCUGCCGCCGCCGCCGCCCUGGGCUACCCUCCGGGCUACCCGCCCUUCGGCCACGGCUACUACAGCUGCCGCAUGGCGCACGGCGUGGGGCUCCAGCAGAACCCGGCCCUGAAGGCGGCCCCGCACGGCGCCUUCCCGGCGGAGAAGUACAUGGACGUGGCCGGCCUGGGGGGCGGCCCCGCGACCUCGGGCGGCGGCGGCGACGCUUCCUCGCGGGCCAAGGAGGUCUCCUUCUACCAGAGCUACGCGGCCGCCGCCGGCCCUUACCAGCACGUGCCCCCCGGCUACCUGGACGUGGUCUCUAGUUUCGGGCCGGCGGCACCUCCGGGGGAACCCCGGCACGAGACCUACAUCUCCAUGGAGGGCUACCAGUCUUGGACUUUGGCCAACGGCUGGAACGGACAGGUGUACUGCCCCAAGGACCAGGCCCCGAGCUCCCACUUCUGGAAGUCUUCCUUCCCAGGGGAAGUUGCACUAAACCAGCCAGACCUGUGCGUGUACCGGCGUGGGCGGAAGAAGCGGGUGCCUUACACGAAGCUGCAGCUGAAGGAGCUGGAGAGCGAAUACGCCCUGAAUAAAUUCAUUAACAAGGACAAGCGGAGACGGAUUUCUGCAGCCACCAACCUCUCCGAAAGGCAGGUCACCAUCUGGUUCCAGAACCGCCGAGUCAAAGACAAGAAAAUCGUCUCCAAACUGAAGGACACCGUUACUUGA